AAAAGCAAAAGCAAGCUCACUCAAUUAAAUUCAAUAUACAACAAACCCCCAGCCCCUUCCACAAUCAUAACCUCUUCUCCAUAUAUAACAUCUACAUUUCUGUUUUCUACACAAUGCUGUAUUAAUAUACCUCAGUUGUUUUAACUCACAAUGGCGUCUAAACCAGGAUUGAGAUCGCAGAAAUUGAGUUCCAGAGCUUCUUCUUCAACCACAUCGUCUUCGAAACAGUUUCCCGAAGCUUCUGCGGAUGAUUUGAGCUCUCCAGCUUCAUCAACAGCCAGAAGUAAGGCCAAGCACUAUAGCGCCGAGACGGUGUCUGUUAAUGCACGGAAAUUGAAGGAGAAUGUGACUGUCACUGUUCGAUUUCGGCCUCUCAGUCCGAGAGAAAUUUCACAAGGAGAGGAGAUUGCUUGGUAUGCAGACGGUGAAUCGAUUGUGCGAGGCGAGCACAAUCCAUCCAUUGCAUAUGCCUAUGACAAAGUAUUUGGUCCAACUACUACUACAUGUCAUGUAUAUGAUGUUGCUGCUCAACAUGUCAUUUGCGGUGCUAUGGAAGGCAUUAACGGCACUAUUUUUGCAUAUGGUGUGACAAGUAGUGGGAAGACGCACACUAUGCAUGGUGAUCAGAGGUCACCAGGAAUUAUACCACUGGCUAUCAAGGAUACUUUCAGUAUCAUUCAGGAGACACCUAGUCGUGAAUAUCUGCUUCGGGUCUCAUAUCUGGAAAUCUAUAAUGAGGUCGUGAAUGAUUUGCUCAAUCCUGCGGGACAGAAUUUAAGGAUCAGAGAAGAUGCACAGGGCACAUUUGUUGAGGGAGUAAAAGAGGAAGUUGUAUUAUCUCCUGCUCAUGCCCUUUCUCUUAUUGCAGCCGGGGAAGAGCACAGGCAUGUUGGUUCCACAAACUUCAAUUUACACAGCAGCAGGAGCCAUACAAUAUUUACACUGACAAUAGAGAGUAGUCCAUGUGGUGAAAACGAUGAAGGUGAAGCUGUUAAUCUGUCACAGCUGAAUCUUAUAGAUCUAGCUGGUUCAGAGAGCUCUAAGGCUGAAACAACCGGUGUUCGUCGAAAGGAAGGAUCAUAUAUAAAUAAAAGCCUUUUAACUCUUGGAACUGUGAUUUCUAAAUUAACAGAUGGAAAAGCUUCACAUGUACCGUACAGAGAUUCGAAAUUGACUAGGCUUCUUCAAUCUUCAUUAAGUGGUCACGGCAGAGUAUCACUCAUUUGCACUGUCACCCCCUCUACAAACAAUUCAGAAGAGACACACAACACAUUGAAAUUCGCCCACCGUGCAAAACAUAUUGAAAUUCAGGCAGCACAGAACAAGAUAAUUGAUGAGAAAUCACUUAUCAAGAAGUAUCAACAUGAGAUUCGUACCCUGAAGGAGGAACUGGAACAAAUGCAGAGGGGUGUAGCUGCAAUUCCUCAGUUAAAGCACAGCGACGGAGAUGACUUGGUAACCCUAAAACAGGAGUUGGAAGAUGGUCAAAUCAAGUUACAAUCGAAGUUGGAACAAGAGGAAGACGCUAAAGCUGCUUUGUUAAGCAGAAUACAGCGAUUAACCAAGUUGAUCCUGGUCUCUACUAAGAGCUCGCAGUCUAUAUUUCCUCAUCGACCUGGUCAAAGAAGACGUCAUUCAUUUGGAGAAGAAGAGCUUGCAUAUCUUCCAUUUAGAAGGAGAGAUUUGAUUGUGGAUGACGAGCAAAUUGAUACUUGCACAACUCUUGAUCAAAAUUCUGAAACAGCAGAUGAAACAUUGAAGGAGGGGAAGACAACCCGAAAAAAUGGAUUGCUAAACUGGUUAAAGCCACGGAAGCGAGAUAGCUCAGGAACUUUUACAAGCACUAGUGAUAGAUCAAGUGGCACCAAGUCUGUAAGCACACCCUCAACCCCUAAAGCAGAAAGCGGUAAUCUUCUUGCAGAAUCCAGACUUUCGCAUUCCACACCAACAGAAAAUACUCCAUCUGCUGAUCUUCUAUUGAGCAUUAAGCAUGAGAGAGAAACUCCUGAAGAAUCUUCACAACAGGUAUCCCCUCUGUCUGUAGCUGAGCUAGAGACACAAUUGAAUGAGAAGUCCUUUGAACUGGAGGUUAAAAUUGCGGACAACAGAAUAAUUCAAGAGCAGCUCACCCAGAAGAUACAUGAAUGCGAAAAAUUGCAACAAACAGUUUUGACCUUGAGAGAUCAGCUCUCUGAUGCACAAGAUUUAAAAAAAUUCAGCCACGUGAUUGGUAAUUCAGAUCGAUAUGAUGAAACUCAAAAAAAUCACAGGGAACUUUCCACUGAAAAGGAGACUGCGGUGUCCAAAGACAAAUAUGAAGGGUUAUUUCUGAAAGCUCAGAUGGAGAUUGCAGAGCUCACAGAGAAACUGACCAAUCUAACGGAGUCAAGAGAGAAGCUAAGUAUACAGAACCAGAAGCUUGCAGAAGAAAGUUCAUAUGCCAAAGGGUUAGCAUCUGCUGCGGCAGUGGAGUUGAAGGCACUGUCAGAAGAAGUUGCAAAGCUCAUGAACCAGAACGAGAAACUAGCUUCAGAGCUUGCGGAACAAAAGAAUUCUCAGAUACAGCGCAGAACAAUUGCUGCUAACAGAACCGGCAGAAGGGAUGUCAAUCUUAGACGACAUGAGCAAGGCACCGUAAAUUCAGUAAGCAAGAGAGAAUUAGCUUUAUUUCGGGAAAGAGAGCUUUCGUAUGAAGCUGCUUUAGCAGAAAAGGAUCAAAGAGAGGCCGAGCUUCAUAUGAGAGUUGAGGAAUCCAAACAAAAAGAGGCUUACUUGGAAAAUGAACUUGCAAACAUGUGGGUCCUUGUAGCAAAGCUGAAGAAAUCUCAAGGAGCAGAAGUGAAUGCAUCUGAUAUAACUAGAGGCCCCAUAAGUGAUAAUGAUUAUGAACAUUGGAACAGUACAAAUUAAACUAGGAACUUUAAGAUGAGUGUGUACAUAAAAUACCGAAAAAUUGUGCGUGUUCUUUGUUUAGGGUGAGAGUUUUCUGGAUAAAUGCGACAGAUAUUGUACAGUUCGUGUUGUCUUUCCUUUUAGUUAGUUUUAGUUUUUACUGCAAAAUCCGCUCGAGCAUUGGUUGGGAGGAUUAUGUUAUGGGUAUUGGGUACUUCAUACUUGCAUCUUUUCUGAAAACUGUGGUACAAGCUCUUUUUUUUUUCUUUUCC